AUGUCCAAGGGUCGCGUUUGUCUCGCCUACUCCGGAGGCCUCGACACCUCCACCAUCCUCAAAUGGCUCAUUCUUGAGGGCUACACCGUUGUGUGCUUCCUCGCCAAUGUCGGCCAGGAAGAGGACUGGGCGGCCGUUGAGAAGAAGGCCCUGGCCCUCGGUGCCGAGCGCAUGAUCAUUGAGGAUCUCCAGCGCGAAUUCGUCGAUGAGAUUGUGUUCCGUGCCAUCCAGUGCAAUGCCAUCUACGAGGACCGCUACCUCCUCGGCACCUCGCUAGCCCGCCCCAUCAUUGCCCGGGCGCAGGUGCGCGUUGCCCAGCAAUUCAAGUGCGACCUCCUUAGCCACGGCUGCACCGGCAAGGGCAACGACCAGGUCCGCUUCGAGCUAGCCUUCAAGGCCUGUGACCCCUCCAUCAAGGUCAUUGCCCCGUGGAGGUUGCCCGAGUUCAUCCAGAAGUUCCAAGGCCGUAACGAUCUCCUUAAGUUCGCCGCUGAGAACAACAUCCCCGUCUCUUCCUCGCCCAAGGCUCCCUGGAGCAUGGACGACAACUUGGUGCACUGCUCGUACGAGGCCGGUGUCCUCGAGGACCCCGACCACACGCCGCCCAAGGAGCUCUGGACUCGCACCAUCGACCCCACCGACGCACCCAACGAGCCCUACAACUUCACCAUUCACUUCGAGAAGGGUAUUCCCUCCAAGGUUGUUACCCCCGAGGGUGAGGUCACCGACUCGGUUGAGCUGUUCAAGCUCCUCAACAAGAUUGGUCACGACAACGGUGUGGGACGUGUCGACAUUGUCGAGAACCGCUUCAUUGGGCUCAAGAGCCGUGGCUGCUACGACACCCCUGGCCUGACCAUUGCCCGCCUCGCUCACGUCGAUCUCGAGGGUUUGGUGAUGGACUCCAAGGUGCGCAAGCUGCGUGACCAGUUCGUCACCAUUGAGUGGUCGCAUGCGCUGUACAACGGCAUGUACUUCAGCCCGGAGCGCGAGUUCCUGGAGAACUCGAUCAUCUUCUCGCAGAAGAACGUCACCGGCGAGGUCCGUAUGUCGGUAUUCAAGGGUGCUGCCUAUGUUCUGGGCCGCAAGAGCGACGCCAGCAACCUUUACUCGCAGGAGGACGCGUCCAUGGACUCUCUAGACACUUUCUCCCCCAUCGAUACCACCGGCUUCAUUGCCAUCCAGGCCAUCCGCCUGGAGAAGUACGGGCUUCAAAAGAUCAAGGAUGGCGAGCCGCUCAGCAAGUAA